AUGGAUGCCGCAAUGGCGGAGCCCGGCGAAAUCCUGCCGGAGCGCAACGUCGACAUGGCAGCGUUGUACGAUAUGCUGCGACGGAGCAAGGCCUCCUCGGAGGAAAUCGUUGCUAAAAUGCUGUCUCUCAAGAAAGAAGCUCAACCCAAAUCCCAGCUCCGGGAACUUGUCACUCAAGUUCUUCUCAAUUUUGUGAACCUCCGCCAGGCAAAUAGGUCUAUCUUGCUUGAAGAAGAUAGGGUGAAAGCUGAAACAGAACGAGCAAAAGCGCCUGUGGACCUGACGACCUUGCAGCUCCAUAACUUGAUGUAUGAGAAAAAUCACUAUGUCAAAGCAAUAAAAGCUUGCAAAGACUUCAAGACCAAAUAUCCUGACAUUGAACUUGUACCUGAGGAAGACUUCUUUAAAGACGUGACCGAAGAUAUCAAGAGCUCCACACUGUCAGCUGAUGUCGCACAUGAUUUGAUGCUUAAGAGGCUCAACUAUGAGCUGUAUCAGAGAAAAGAACUGUGCACACUUCGUGAGAAAUUGGAACAACAAAAGAAAGCUCUCCAAGAGACAAUUACCAACAGGAAGAAGUUCUUAUCAAGUCUGCCUUCACACCUCAAAGCUCUGAAGAAAGCAUCCUUGCCUGUCCAGCAUCAGUUAGGGGUUCUGCAUACCAAGAAACUAAAGCAGCGGCAACUAGCGGAGCUGCUUCCACCUCCUCUGUAUGUUGUCUACUCUCAGUUGCUUGCGCAAAAGGAAGCCUUUGGAGAGAACAUUGAGCUGGAGAUCACAGGAAGUGUGAAGGAUGCUCAGGCUUUUGCACGUCAGCUAGCCAACAAGGGCUCUGAUAUAGCAUCAAAUUUGGAAAACUCCAAGAUAGAGGAUGACAUGCCAGAUGAGGAAGAUGAUGGUCAAAGAAGGAGAAAACGAUCGAAGAAGGUUCCCAGCAAAGAGAGUCUUGAACAGGCUGGUAUAUGUCAAAGUCAUCCACUUAAACUUACCCUCCAUGUCUAUGAUGAUGAGGGUUCUGAAGUAAAUUCAACUAAACUCAUCACCUUGAAGUUUGAAUUCUUAGUAAAGUUGAACGUUGUGUGUGUUGGUGUGGAGGGUUCUGACGAAGCUUCUCAAGACGGUAUAUUGAGCAACUUAUUUCCGAAUGACACUGGCCUCGAGCUCCCUCAGCAGUUAGCAAAGCUCCGCAUUAAAGAUUCUCUUUCUUUUAAUGAAAAGAGAACUUCAAGACCAUACAAAUGGGCACAGCACUUGGCUGGCAUCGAUGUUUUGCCAGAGGUACCGCCACUGGUUUCGGCCACUGAGGAAUCAAAUAGUGCAACUGCUAAACCUGCUUCUUUUGCAUCGGGUCUGUCUCUAUACCGUCAGCAAAACAGGGUACGAACAGUUGUGCAAAGGAUUCGUGACCGGAUAAAGGCUCAGCUGGCUCUUGCGGAGUUACUUGACUCGCUAAGGAACCUUAAAUGGCCAACCUUGACCUGCGAGUCUGUCCCAUGGGCCUCAUACAAGCCCAAAUGCAACUUGUAUGCCUGGUGUAUUACUUCCACUGGCAACAGUACAUCUUUGCCCAUGGAUGAAACAGAGCAAGGUCCCAUACCAAUAGAUGCUGAUGGAAAAAUCGAGAUGUCCAACGAGGAUACGGAGCCCACAAAAGAAGAUGGCGAGCUCCCAUCUCUGGUUGCCGCCGCUGCUGGCGUAAAUGACAUUAAUCUCCUCACCCCCAGUAAAGGAUCUGAGCUCAUGCGCUCGGAAAGGUUGAGUUUGAUUUCCAAUAGCAUUAUAUCCCCACUUGCAAAAAAGUCACCCAGCUUCAAGAAACAGGAAGAAGAUGUUGAUUUCAUGCUGGACUCAGAAAACGAGCUGGAUGAGCAGGUUCAAGCGGAGGAAGCAUCUGAUGAUGCAUUUGGAAGGCAGGAAGUGAUUGACAAUUUAUGGGUUGACUAUGGGAUCCGAGAAUAUUGUCUUGUGCUGAUUCGGAAAUUGGAUAAUGAUGGAAGGAUCACAAAACUCGAAGCCAAGAUAAAAAUAAGCUUGGAGUAUCCCCUUAGGCCUCCCCAUUUUGGGUUGCGUCUGUACAGCUGUUUACGAGGGGAGAAUAGUUCUGGGGCAUUAUGUUCGGAGUUUUUGAAUGAACUUUGUGCAAUGGAGGCAGAGAUCAAUGUGCACCUUGUAAAGAUGAUGCCUUUCGCUCAAGAAAAUCUAUUGCUUGGUCAUCAAGUGCUUUGUCUCGCAAUGCUUUUCGACUUCUUGCUGGAGGAUGGGAACCUAUCGUCUUCCAAGUCGAGUUUUUCUUCAGUGAUUGAUAUUGGGCUUUGCAAGCCCGUGAGUGGUGGGCUUGUUACUCGGUCCUUUAGGGGUAGAGACCGAAGGAAAGUGAUUUCGUGGAAAGAGAAUAUUUGCAUGUCUGGCUAUCCUUCCUAG